AUGGUCUCUGGUGUCUUGCAUGACAACUUAGCCCAUUACUUUGCCUGCCGUGAAGUAUUUCAUAGCAUGGGUUUAGUUUUCGGUCCUGCUGCAGGCACAUUCGAUCGUGGAUACAGUGAGUGUUAUCUUGAUUUUUGGGGAUAUGAGCCUGGAGAUGGUCUUAACCUGAGGGAUGGGAUUAACCUGAAAGAUGAUCCUAACCUGGGGUGUUUUGUCCCAUUGCUUGCUCCAUACCGAUCUCGUUCUUUGAGUUCUCUCUCUUCUUUUGAUUACUCCUUUCCAAAUUCCAUACCUGCUUUAUCUUCUCCAACAAACCCUGCAACCUCACCUACUUCAGACUCUUCGAGCUCGUCGUCUGAUUCCUCAUCUGCAACACUUCGUCCAAGUCCUCACUCUCCUACCUCGUUCUCACAUUCUGACUCUUCGAGCUCAUCAUCGGGCUCAACAUCUGCAACCAUUCCUCCAACUCCUCUUGGAUACUUGCAGGCUAGGUAUCAAGAGCUUGACUCCUGUGCUCAGGAGGUCUACGAAAAGAUCGUUGAAGUAUUUCUGAAGUCUGUUGCCAUCCACGGUGACAUGGCCUGGCCUCUGAAUGGGACCUCCUCCCUGGCGGAAGAUACCAUCGCUGCCCGGUUGAAAGACACCAAAAUCGAUGAUCUGCUUCAGACUAGUGCACUGCCUAUUGCCAGUGUCGUUGGCCUCCAUGUUCCUGCCCGCAGUGGUGUUAUGAUGAUCUCAAACAUCCCGUACACUGUCACUCGCCCGGAGAUUGCCGCAUUUCUCGGACGAUCCGCUCGCACCCUGCCUCCUAGCCAGGGAUCUCCUAUUCAUAUCAUCAUGGAGCGAUCCACUGGCAAGACCAUGGAUUGCUUUGUCGAACUUGAAACUGAAAAGGAUGCCAAGGAUACCGUGGAUCGUAUCAACAAUCGAAGUUAUGACUUGGGCAGUUCUCCACGCAUCGGCAACCGUCACGUCGAUGUGGAGUUGAGUAGCCCGGCGAAAAUGAUGAAAGCAAUCUUUCCUCUGGCCAAGUGCAUCGCGUGGGUUGAGGGAAAGCCCGUUCGACUCGAAAACAAAGAUUCAUGGUCGACUGGUUUCGACGGUUUCCUUACUGAUGAGGAGCUGUUUUGUCUACUCCGUCAUGCUGAGCAGCCUCAUCGUAGUGCAUUUGCCAGCAAGGUUCCCCAGCGCUGCUAUGAAUCUUUUAUCACCACUAUCUUGAAGUUCCCGUGGCACGCACCAAAUUUGUACACUGUUUAUCACCGCAACAAGCUUUUCCUCACUAUGAAGGCCAUGAUUCAGACUCUUGUCGGUCGCAUCAAGAACAAGAACACUGUCGGCCUGGACCUGCGACUUUUGCAGGAGUUGGUCCAAACUGGAAUCGGCUGCCCUGGAUUCAAUCCUCGCAUGAAAUGGAGCUUUGCUCAUUUGUCUAAGGAACAGCCUAUUAUCGAUAGCUUGGAUCAGGGUUAUUGCCUCUACUUCCCAUUUGACACCCUGAACUAUGUUCCUGGCCACACCUCACUCGAUGUUCAGUACUAUGCUUUUAUCAUGUCUCAUGGCUGUGCUUCUAUCCCCAACGCGGACGGACUGAUGAAUCAGCACGGACACCCUGAUAUCUUGCGGGUUUAUGGAAUGAACUUCUUUGAGUGGAAUGAAGAGGUCGCCAAGCGCAUGAUAUUCACGGAUGCCAACAUCUAUGAGGCCCGCCUCUUCCGUGAAUUUUUGAUCACUGGAUUUCAGCGUAUGCGUGGAAGGCAGACAAGCACCUCCACCAUUGGAACUGCUCCAUCUACACCCCCAAGCCCGGAUGACGAUGAUGCCUCCAGUGAGCGUACUGUGGUAAACGUGUUCCACCCGGCUAGGGGUAACAGGGUCCUUCCAGUGACUCCCACUCGAGAGGAUACCCGUGCAACUUCCUACCCUGACUUUGCUCGCAACUGGACCUUCCCCAUGGGACCCUCUGUCAGGUUUGAGCAUACUGACAGUACUGACACAGUUGUGCCGGAAACUCCUACUCGCCUCCCAGCAACCGAGCGUAUCCAGCCCUACCGUCCUCCUCACGCCCGCAAUGCCGCAAGCGGAGGUAAUGCUCGCAAUCAGCGGGGAUACCAACGUCGUCGAGAUGAGCUUUCCUCUGGCUCGGCUAUGAACAUGCCGCCGCCAACUUACUACGCUCCGCAUGCCACCGCGCAGAGCGUUCGCUCGUCUUCGGAUCCCGAUCCUUUCGGUGGGGCUCGCCCCAUGGCUCUCAUCAGCCACCGAUCCAACUCUGAUGCACACCGUGCUAAUUCCCAUGUCCGCAGCUCAAUCUUCAGUCGGAUCCAGGGUUCCCGCGGAUCUGGUGCUGGCAGGAAGUAA